AUGUCCGUCUCGGCCAUCAUAUGCCAUCCCGACGCGCGUGAGACGCGCACCCACGUCGCGGAGAUGGCAGAUCCAUGGGGUAUCAAAGAGGCGGACUUCGAGGUGCGGAAAGAAGAGCAGGAACUGCUCAGGAUUGAAGAGCUUAAGAGGUGCCUGGCUUCUCACGAAGACCGCGGCGCCGACCUAGAACGACGCCUGGCGGUGCAUGACGAGCUCCGGACCCACGCGCGGGGGGGAGCAGCAGCUCCGCGCGUGGGGGAGGAGCAGCGCCGGGCGGCGCAGGAAACGGAGGAGGAACGACGGCAACUCCUGCAGCGCCUAGAGGAGCUUCAGCUAGCAGCAGUUGAGCGGGGCGUUUCCGCGCUGCCGAAGGAUUACAGCUGGCCAGAGAGGCUUUUCAACUCCUCUUUGAGCGAUAUCCCGGAGCAUUCGCCCGACGCGGGCGACGCGGGCAACGCGGGCGACGCGGGCGACGCCGGACGGGCGGCGCGGACGGUGGCAGCCUUGCGGGUGAAGGUGCGACGCCAGGAACAGGACCUCCAGAAGGAGUUGGCACUCCUGGCAGCGGAGGUCUCAAGGGAGGCUGACGCCACCAUCACUUUCGACCAACUCCAAUCGAAGGAGGCCCAAGUCUUUGAAGCUCAAGCGCAGCGAGCCGCCUUGGCCACCCUGUGGUGUCAUUUCUCAGAGAAGGCGCGAGAGAAGUUCCAGCCGGGCGCCUUCACCGUCCAGGCAGUGGAGGACACCUCGCGUGAGCAGGCUGAGCAACUGGACUCGGCAGCCAGUGAGCUGCGGGCCACGUUGGCGCAGCAGUUGGAGAAUGUGGAGACUUUGGAAGGCGCUGUGCAGGAGGAGGAGCACCUGGAGUUGCAACAGCUCCACGAGUUGCGAGCCUUAAAGGCCGAAAGCGCCACAGAGCAGAAGGUCCGCCUCCGCCGCGCGCUGGUGGUGCUGAAGAAGGAGCAUGAAGUGUUGGAAGGCGAAAAGGCUCGAGUUUACCAUGAUGAGAUUGCAACUCUCCGAUUAGAGCUGGAGCAGAUCGAGGAGUGCUACAGAGGAUUGGUUCAAAAGCUGCAGGAAUGCCACCGCGAGGAGGAGCUUCGCUCCGAGCGCUUGGCGGAACACUUCCAGCUGGGCCAACGACUGCUGAGCACCGCGGCCAGCCGCGCCAGUGAGGAGGACGUGGAGCUACCGAGCUCCAGCUGUGUGCAAAAAGGGGACGCGGCAGAGCAGCGAACCAGGUACUGCGACUUGGAGGGCCUGCCAGACCUUUGCACUUCCUGCCCCAACGUGCAGAGGGCUGUGGGGCAGUACUUGACGACUCUCUUGCAGAGUGGUGUGGCGGGGUUCCGCAUCGAUGCCGCCAAGCAUCAAGACGCAGGUGAGUUGAAGGCGCUGCUGCAGCAGACUGGAAGCCUUCCUUGGGUCUUUCAGGAGGUCAUCGAGGGCGGAGGGGAAGCGGUCACUGCACAAAUGUACCAGGGCAUCGGCAAGGUCACCGAGUUCAACUACGCCCGGCAGCUGGCGCCGAACUUUCUGCAGGAGGGGAAGCUCAAGUAUUUGGGCAGCUUUGGGGAGUCCUGGGGAUUGAUUUCCAGCGACACCGCAGUGGUGUUCAUGGACAAUCAUGAUACACAGCGAGGGGAAGCACAGCUCACCUACAAGAACGGUGGUUUAUACUCCUUGGCCAACGUCUUCAUGCUGGCACAUCCAUAUGGCUACCCCAAGGUCAUGAGCUCUUAUGUCUUCGAUGCCCAUGACCAGGGGCCACCUUCGCAGCCCGUGCAUUCGGCCACGGGAGUCGCCUGCGGCGGGCAGCCGUGGGUGUGCGAACAUCGCUACCCAGAGAUUGCGAACAUGGUGGCGUGGAGGCGAAGCGCGGGCGCCAACAAAACACUGGAAAGCUUCACUGCAUCAGAUGAUGGGAAUGGUGCCUUCUUUUGCCGCAGUUCGUCCGCCUGUGUGGCGUUGAACCGUGGCUCAGGCACCUGGACGACGACCGUGAAGACCAGCAUGCCAGCAGGGCAGUACAAGAAUGUGAUCCAAUCCAGCGGCUCCAACGUGGAGGUGAAGGCGGAUGGUACAGCAAACCUGGUGGUGCCAUCUCUCGGUGCGGUGGCCUUCCACGUGAACGCGGCCGUGGAACAGCGACCGACCAUUGCCAUCAUUUGA